AUGUGGAGUGACGGCACCACCGCCAAUACGGAGCAACCUCAUUUUCUGGUGCUGCCAUGUCCAGUUCAAGGUCACAUAAACCCUAUGCUUCAGUUCUGCAAGCGUUUGAAGCAAGAAGGAGCCAAAGUGACUCUAGUGGCCACUCGUUUCUGCUUCAACAACACAUUACAGAAACUUCCUUCUUCCAUAGCCAUUGAUACUGUUUCUGACGGAUUCGACAAAGGUGGAGUUGCUGAAGCAGAUAGCUUCAAGGGAUACUUUGAUAUGUUUGAGAAGGUUGGCUCAGAGACUCUUGGUGAGCUUAUUGAGAAGCUUGCUAGUUCUGGAAAUAAUGCAGAUUGUAUUAUUUAUGACUCGUUCAUGCCUUGGGUUCAUGGGGUGGCCAAGAAGUUUGGGUUGAGCAGUGCUUCGUUUCUGACUCAGUCUCUUUCUAUCAGUAGUGUGUAUUAUCAUUUGCAGAGGAAGAAACUGGAUAUUAUGAAGAUGGAGAUGGAGAUUCAGCUUCCUGGGAUGCCAUUGUUGGAGCCUAAGGAUUUGUCUUCUCUUGUGUUUGCUCACCAAACCCAUCCAGACUUGUUUGAUGUUCUUUUGGCCCAGUUUUCUAACAUUGACAAGGUUGAUUGGAUCCUUUGCAACACAUUUUAUGAGCUGGAAAAAGAGGUGGCUGAUUGGCUGAAAACAAUUUGGCCGAAGUUGAGAGCGGUGGGGCCAACAGUGCCAUCUAUGUUGCCAGACAAAAGGCUGAAGGAAGAUGAAGACUAUGGUUUCAAUCUCUGCAAGAAUGAAGAUUGCUGCUUGAAAUGGCUGGACGAUAAGCCCAAAGGCUCGGUGGUAUACGUCUCGUUUGGAAGUAUGUCUAACAUCAAAGAGAAUCAAAUGCAGGAACUAGCUUGGGGUUUAAAGCACUGUGAUUACUUCUUCCUGUGGGUUGUGAGAGAAUACGAAGAAUCCAAACUCCCAAAAGACUUCGAGAAGAGAUCAGAGAAAGGCCUAGUGGUUUCCUGGUGUCCUCAAUUGAAAGUGCUUUCUCAUGAAUCUGUAGGCUGUUUUCUGACUCAUUCUGGUUGGAACUCAACGUUGGAAGCUUUGUGUGCAGGAGUUCCAAUGGUGGCUGUGCCUCAGUGGACUGAUCAAAGCUUAAAUGCAAAGAAUGUUAGGGAUGUUUGGAAGAUGGGAAUGAGAGCUGAGGCUGGUGAAGAUGGGAUUGUGAAACCUGAGACAUUGAAGAAUUGUAUUAAGGAAGUGAUGGAAAGUGAGAUAGGGAAAGAAAUGAAGAGAAAUGCCAUUCCUUGGAAGGUUUCAGCUUCAGAAGCCAUUGAUGAAGGUGGAAGUUCUCAGAAACAGAUUCGAGAGUUUGUGGAGAGUCAUAAAAAAGUUAUGGAAAUGGAUAAAACUGAUGAUGAAUCUUCUCGUGUUACAAAUCGUAUUGUCCUCUCUGCUUGUCAAUAA